CUCGCCGGCACAGUCGAACGUUGAAAGUGCGCUCCUACGGAAGCUACUUUCGCAUUUGCAGAAUAUUACUACAUACAUACACGUAUUAGCAAACAACAAUAGUAUUAUAUUAUAAACUUCAUUUGCAUACGAAUUUGCAUAGAAACCGUAAACGGAACUUUGUCAUUCGACGCUCGUGUUAUCCGCCAAGUAAUGCAAUCGAGCCGAGUCAUCGUCGCAGCAGCAGUUUUAGCUGCACUCAGCAUUCUGUCCACGCUAAAUGGCGCCGUAGCCCGCAGUGGUGGUCGUCAAGUCGUCAAUAAGUACUUCGAUAUCAACGAUGACGCAGCAGUAAAUGUGAAUGCGGAGUAUACGCGGCCGAUUGUCGGUAUCCUGACGCAGGAAGUGUCAAAUUUUGUUCGUCGCCAUUAUACGGACAAGGCGUACAGCAGUUAUAUUGCUGCUUCGUAUGUCAAAUUCGUUGAAGGUGCCGGCGGCCGCGUGGUGCCGAUAUGGAUUGGAAGGGAGAAGGAAUAUUAUGAAGAUAUUAUGUCAAAAAUUAAUGGUGUAUUAAUGCCAGGCGGUGCAACAUUCUUCAAUCAAUCAAGCGGCUACGCCGAUGCCGGCCACCAUAUUUACAAUAUUGCAAUUGAAAUGAAUGAACGUGGCACAUACAUGCCUAUUUGGGGCACUUGCCUAGGGUAUGAGUUGCUCGUCUAUUUGACAGCGAAUAAUACAGAUCUACGCAACGAUUGUUCAUCAUCGGCACAAGCCUUGCCAUUGGAAUUUGAGAAGGACUUUCAAAAUAGUAGACUCUUUGCCAAGGCAAGUGACGAAGUUAUCCACAUACUUAGUACAUACAAUGUGACGGCGAAUUUUCAUAUAUUCUGCUUUACGAAAGAGACAUUUGCUACCUACGGCCUGAAUAAAUACUGGAACGUUCUGAGUAUCAAUCAUGAUUGGUACGGUGCGGAAUUCAUAUCGAGCCUGGAACAUGUUAAGUAUCCAUUUUAUGGAGUUCAAUUCCAUCCGGAAAAGGUGCUUUAUGAAUUCAUACCAAAUCGCAACAUUACCCACACCUCACAAGCUGUUAUAGCUUCACAAUAUUUUGCAGACUUCUUUUUAAAUGAGGUGCGUAAGAAUCGCAACCAUUUCGCCAAUCGGACCGAAGAAAUCAAUGCACUCAUCUAUAAUUACCAGCCGGUGUACACAGGUGCUAAGGGCUCCGCUUUCGUGCAGCAAUAUUUGUUUGACACACAAUUCUAUGGUACAUCGUCUGGCGCCACAAAAUUACAUUGCCUGUUGGCGUUAAUUACAAUUUGCGCACUAGGCGCUUGGAGGCGUGUAUGACGUCAUGACGUGUUUAGAAUUUUCAGACCAAGCGGUCGAGUAGGCCAUAAUUCGUGAUUUUGUAAUAAUUUGUUUGCUCGCUUUAUAGACUUACUGCACUAAUCUAUAUAUCGAUGUAUUUAUGUAUUUCUGUAUGUGCCAUGGAUGUUCGACCAUAAAAUGCUGCUGUAAAGUUCCUACAAACAUUAAACACUAUACAUGUAUGUACUCGUAUGUAUGUACGCUGCUGCGCUAUACGAUGAAAUUGUAAAAGUAAAAGCGUAGAGACAUUAAUUGACAAUCAAUUCUCUGCAGGGAUAAUUUAAUUAUACACUAAUUUUUAAUUACAUCAUUCACUUAGUUAAAUACAAUGCUAUAGUAAUUAUUGGCAUUAAUGCGUACGAACAUUUCAAGUGCAUGAUGUAGGCCUAAAAAUAGAUAAAUUACAUUUAUGUGUGCGUGUGUAUAGCUUAAUACAUAAAUAUAUGCAAAACAUCUCCGUAAAAAACUUAACAAAGCAUCAUAUUGAAUUAGCUAUGCUUCUGUGAUUUUUAAGUUCAAAAUGUAAUUAAUAUCAGUAUAAAUAAUCAUCCUCGGUAUUAUUAAAGUUAUAGCUAAAUUUCUUAUUGUAAUGGAUUUAAAUAAAAAAAAAUAGUUAAAAUUUAAUAAAAUAUAUAUA